GCAUGCGCACUGCCAGGCCUGGGCUCCGGGACGCGGCGCGAGCUCCGCAGCCAGCUGCCAGCGCUGCCGAGCAGCGAAUUGCUUUUGCAAAGGCCGGGCCGGGCAGGCAGGCUGCGGCGCCGCGCUGCACGGGGCUCCCAAGCCUCCUCCGGCCUUCCCGCAGCGGCUGAUCCCCCGCCCACCGCCCUGUGCUCCCCGCACCACUCCCCACCCCUUGAUUUUAAGCCCCUUGGAGGUGGGCCCGUGCAUUGGAUGCUCCCUCCGAGCAAGCAGGGUCCUUCUCCCUUUGCAUGCUUCUGCCCACCCUCCGCGGGAGCUGGGCCGCCCACCCCCACCCCCCAUCUACAAUAUUCACGCCCCGCGCCCCGUUGCCUUUAGCGUGCAGCGUUGCACCGGUCGUAGGGCUGCAGCCGCCCCCUCCCACGCCUUUGCACGCCCACCUUUCCUGCAUUGGCGGUCGGAGGUCGGGAGAGAGCCACCCACCCACCCUCGAACCCGGGGCUGAGUGCUGCGUGGAUCCCGCCGAUCCCUGGGGCCAGGAUUCCCAGCCCUGAGCUGUGGUCUCCAUCGCCCGCAUGACCGCAUCUCCUCUUCUUCCUUCCUUUCUCUGGUCUGUGGUCCAAGCGGCACACCCCUCCCGUGCCCUCUUCUUCCCAUCGCCCUCCUCCCCUGUAGUGCCUUUGCGCUGGCCCUCUCUCAUUAAAUCCAGCUGUCUGGAGGCUUCGUCACCCGACGACACCGGGCGAUUGCCGCUGUCCUAAGCUGCCUCCCUGGCACCCAGAUCUCUGCAUGCUCAAGGAUGCCCACCUCCUGGGCCUCCCAUCUCUUGCUCUGAGCACCUGCUCUCCACCCCGGCAGCAAAAGGUUGCACCUUCGGCUCUGUCUGCUUGGGCCGCCCUCUCCGUAUUGGACGCCUCUCUGGGACUGAGAAGCAGCAGCAUCCCCAAAGGUACUCCUCGCCCUGCCUGGCCUGGUUGGCAUUGCGCUCUCUCCCUGUGGGGUGCUGCCCCCUCUCCCCGGCGCUGAGAUGAGCUUCUUUGGCUUUGGACAGAGUGCCGAGUUGGAACUGGUUCUGAGCGACGCGGAGAGCAGGCGCCGGGCAGAACAUAAGACUGAGGAGGGCAAGAAGGAGAAAUAUUUCCUCUUCUAUGAUGGCGAGACGGUGUCGGGCCGGGUCAUCCUCACCCUCAAGCACCCAAACAAGCGGCUGGAGCACCAAGGCAUCAAGGUGGAGUUCAUCGGGCAGAUUGAGCUAUAUUACGACCGAGGGAACCACCAUGAGUUUGUGUCCCUGGUGAAGGACUUGGCCCGUCCGGGCGAAUUCACCCAGUCCCAGACUUUUGACUUUGAAUUCACGCAUGUGGAGAAGCCGUACGAGUCGUACACUGGGCAGAAUGUCAAAUUAAGGUAUUUCCUUCGCGCGACUGUGAGCCGCAGGCUGAACGAUGUCGUGAAGGAGAUGGACAUUGUUGUCCACACGCUAAGCACGUACCCGGAACUCAACUCCUCCAUCAAGAUGGAGGUGGGGAUUGAAGACUGCCUGCACAUUGAGUUUGAGUACAAUAAGUCCAAAUACCAUUUAAAAGACGUGAUUGUCGGGAAGAUCUACUUCCUGCUAGUGCGAAUCAAGAUCAAACACAUGGAGAUCGACAUCAUCAAGAGGGAAACCACAGGAACCGGACCCAAUGUCUACCACGAAAAUGAUACAAUAGCGAAAUAUGAGAUCAUGGAUGGAGCACCGGUGAGAGGGGAAUCCAUCCCUAUCAGGCUCUUCCUAGCUGGCUACGAGCUGACGCCAACCAUGAGAGACAUCAACAAGAAGUUCUCGGUGCGCUAUUACCUCAACCUGGUCCUGAUCGACGAGGAGGAACGGCGCUAUUUUAAGCAGCAGGAGGUGGUGCUGUGGCGCAAAGGGGACAUUGUGCGGAAGAGCAUGUCCCAUCAGGCCGCGAUUGCCUCCCAGCGGUUUGAAGGGACGUCCUCCCAGACAGAGAGCCGGAUGGCCAGCCAGCCUGCAGAGAACAACGGUCGUCAGUGAGAAGCUCCCUGUGUGAGGCUUCUGCCACUGUGGUCAAGGCCUGGAGACGCAGGCAAAGAAGGAGAACACAGAACGGAUCUUUUCAACAGAGACUUGAGAACACAAAUCAUCUGUUGGGUUGGGUGUGUGUGCGCGUGUGUGUGUGUUUCCCCCCUCACUUCAUUCCUUUUCUCCUGAGGACUAGCAGCUUGCAGGAUGGGGAGAGAGUAGAUGCAGUGGCAGGUGCAAGGCUUGCCCCUUUCCGUUUCUCGGCGGGGCAGCUCAGAUGCUUCAUAAGUGUGAGAGGAAUGGCAGAGAGGCGCUGGGUGUUCUCAGACACGACGCUAAAAAGCACUUUUUAAAAAAUGUAGACAUUGACCUUCCUUAGUUGAGAUUGUACAUUCAAGGUUUUUAUUAAGAGCAACAGAAGAACUCUUCCCCCUUUUGGAAAAGGCGCUGGAGGGGCUCAAAGGUGCAUUGAGCAUACAUGUGCAAAGAUGCUCUUCGUCGAGCGCAGGGCUGCACAGCUUCUGCCCUCCUGCAGGACUACAGCUCCCAUCAUCCCUGACUAUUGGCUGCUGUGGCUGGGGAUGAUGGGAGUUGUAGUUCAAAAGGGGCUUGGCGAGGGCACUGCUACAGCACUGGUCUAGUAUUCCCCAAAUUUCCAAGAGGUGCGGGAACGCACCUCUUGUAAUCUGAGCCACGCUUCACUCUUACCCCCUCAAAGAUGUACUUCUGCAGUUUGGGAAGGGGUAGCUGUUCCUGUCAGCGUGUGAUGGGGCUGGCUGCUUUUUAAUCAUUCCGUAAAUAGCAGCCACUCACACCUGAGGAGGGAGGCCAGGCCAGAGCAGUCAGUCCAACAGAGGUGCGACAGGCCACCUCCUCAAUAGGUGCUUUGGCCUUGCAGUAGGAAGAUGCCGUAUACUGAGUCAGACCCUUGGUCCAUCUAGCUCAGUAUGGUCUCUGCACUGACUGGCAGUUUGAACCUGGGACCUUCUGCAAGCAGAGCAGAUGCUCUACACUAAAGCUUUGGACCCACUCCAGUUUUGAUUGAUUUAGGGUAUUGAGUACAGUACUCUGCUCUCACAGCCUGAUUUGGGAAGUGUUGCCAGUAGGGCAGCAAAAGUCCGGGGCGGGGAGGCCAUUUCAUCUCCGCCUCAUCGGAAAGGGACAGUCCAUCUAGCCCAAAGGGGGUUAUUCUGCCAGCUGGGGUGAUCAGGACCAUCUGUGGGCGCAGGGUAUGCUCAUUUUGGUUUUUGACAAGGUGACUAGAGAUGGAAAAGAGGUGAUUGCAUGUUAGCCCUUCUAGCUUUCAGCGUGUUCUCAUGCUUGUAUUGUUCCAGCCUUUGGAGCUGCAGUGGCCAGACUUACAAGGGUGUGUUAAAAGUUUUAAAAACACCAAAAGCUAGUAUAAAAGGUCAUAGAUGUUGUCAGUGGGAUGGAAAUGGAGAUUGGCAGGAAUGUUCUCCAAAGGUGACUCCCUGGGCAGAGCACAAUAACUGGUUCAUUGUUCCCUGGAGCCUUUCCCCUGUGCAAAAAUGACUGCAAUUUUAUGCUAAUGGUUUGGAGUAGGCAAGUAGUAAUAGUAUCUAUUGGAGCCUGCGGCGAGAAUAAGGGAUAAGGAAGGGGUGAUGACACACAUACAGCUGCUAGUGCAACAGUGCUAUCAUCUAUUUCUGAUCUUUAGCCGGAUAGAUGUUGCCAAAAACCACGACGAGAAUUCGUCCCGAGAUGGUACUUAUGGCCACCAUUUUUGGUCCUGGCUAAUCUGGUCCGUCUGGCCUGAGAUUUGAAAUGGGAGACGUCUUUCGCUGGAUCUCCUAACUGAGAUCAUUUGACUGGGGCUGCCUGGGGAUUGAACUUGGGACCAUCUGCAUCCAAAUGGGUGCUCUAUUGCUGUGCUGCUGCCCUGAAACAGCAGUGGUUGACCCUGCCUGCAAGGGAACCUUUUGGGAUGCAAGAAUCCCAUGGAUUCCCUUUUAAUUCAGAAAAAGUGGGCUUUGGCUACUGGACGUUUGGGGAACACUGCCAUCACCCAGCAUUUGGCCACAAGUUCCUAAGUGCCCCUGACCUGGAAAACCGUACCCCCAAUGCAAAGGGUCUGCCCCCCUCCCACUACAGCAAACGGGCAUAAACUUGGAAGUAAUUUGAACAAAUAGGCUUGCAGAGUAAAUAGGUGUGUAUUGUCAUGUAAGCAUGGGUCGCUCUUUUGCUAAUUGAUCAUUGAACUUGUCUACAGAUCGCCUCAGUCGCUGCCUCCCCACUUCCACCCCAUUUGUGAUAAAUGUUCGCUUUCUCUCGCAGGAGUGGACCUAAAAUACUGAAUCUUGAUUCCAAAGAAUCAGAAACUUGUGAUUUCGAGAAACAGCUCUUCUCCCCUCUUUGCAAAUGAAACUGUUCUACUUUAGAUAAUGUAAUAGCAUAGGAAACAUUUCUAUAAUUUGCCUUCUGACUUCAGCACUUUUAAGAUUUAUGUUUUAAGCUGCUGUCUUGGUAUAUACGUCAUGGUGGAUUGGAGCAAGCUUUAUUAUUGUCUUUCAUUGCUUAUUCUGCACAGACAUGGUUAGGGAGGUUUCUGUCACUUGACAGACCGAAAGCGACAUGAGCCAGCUGGGGUGUCCAGUACCAUUCGUAGGGGUGAGUGUUCAUUGUGAUUUCUGACACGGUCUGCACCCCUAGGGAUGGAAAAUAGAUGAUAGCAUUGCAGUAUUUUCAGCUUUUGGUGUGCUAUCAUGCUUUUAUUGUCCUGACCACUGAGCCUACAGUGGCCAAUUUCACACGAGUGUUCUCAAAGUUUGUUUUUUAAAAAAAAUUAAAAACACAAUUACAGUAAAAUUGUAUGGAUGUUACCAGAAGAAUGGAACUGCAAAUUGUCCUCGAAAGAUUACUUCAUGGGGAAAAUAUGACAAUUUGUUCAUUGUUACCCUAACCGUUACCUUCACCUUUGCUCUGUGCAGAAAUGUCUGCUUCUCUUCAUGUGGGGGGUUGGUGGCCAGCAAAAGCCAUAGAUCUCAGUCCCUAGAAUUGUGGAUGAUUUCUUCUGUGUCCAUUUCUAGCCAUUCUUUCAGGUCAUCGAUCCACCCCUUCUUCCUCCUUCCUCUUGAUCAUUUUCCUGCUAGCUUUCCUUCUACUGUUAGUGGUGGUAUUUGAUAAUUUACUCCUCUGAGGAUAUGUCCACAAUUCUCUGGUUUACGUCUCUUGAUUGGUCUGUAUCAUUUGUUUGUGUUUUUGCUUUUCGGAGUACUUCAUUUGUUGUUCGGCUGGUCUAUUUAAUCUUGAGUAUUCUUCUGAGACACCACAUCUCAAAGGCUCCCAGUUUUUUAUGUGCUUCUUUCUUGAUGGUCCAGAUUUCACAUCUGCAAUUGUAACUCUAAAAUGACUGCAAUUUUAUGCAAAUUGUUUAGUGGGGGUAGGGAUAAAGAAGGGGUAAUAGCACUCAGAAAGCAGUAAGUGCAACAAGGCUAUUGUCUGUUUCCCCAUCUCUUGCGGGAGAGACGUUGCAAAACAAUCACAAUAAGCAUCUUCAGCCCAAAAUGGCACAGAUGGCCAAAAUUUGUGGGCCAGGUUCAUGGACUCUUUGGUGCAUUCACAGCUGCAGGAGCUGGAGCAAGAUUUCACUCCAGCUCUUCCACAAAUAUUGAAUGCAUGAGAGAAUCCACUGGCAGUUGUAAUGAGUAGGAGGAUGCCUUAGAUCCUGUUUCUUUUGGAAUAAGUUUCCUGUCCAUAAUGAGAUCUCUCUUUCUACUUGCCAAAGUGAGUUUUAGUUUCACGCUUUGAUCAUUGACGGGCGCAUAGAGAUACUCCUUUGUCUAGCUAGGGAGUUCUCCGAUGUGCCAGGGGCAUCCAUCACCUCCUACUCUGUGAACAUUUUUCAUGUUUGCCGUGCCUGCGCUAAGCAGGGAAGACACUAUUUGCUGGGGAGCAACAGCAGGAGAGAGGGCAUGCCUUCAUCUCCUGCCUGUGAGCUUCUUAGGGGCAUUGGGUGGGCCACGGUAGGAAACAGGAUGCUGGGCUACAUAGGCUUGGAGUCUGAUCCAGCAGGACUGUUUUUAUGACACUUCCUUGGUCUUUGGAUGCAAGAAACCAGUAUCGAAGUCGGAAAACCUUCUUCCCUAGAUUGAAGCAAAAGGUGGUUACUUUGAGACAUCAAGGAAGAGAGAACAGCUAAUUCUUCUAAACCAAGGGUUUCUCAAACUUGAGUCCCCCGAUGUUUGACUACAACUUCUACCAUCCUCAGCCAACAUACGAGGACCCAAAUUUGAGCAACCCUGUCCUAAACCAUCACUGCCCUUCUCUAGUUCCUCUUUCGGAUGUGAUGUCUUUGCUGUGUCAAACUGGUGAUAAAAUUUCCCAUUGUGUCCAUAACAACUUUAACCAUUGACUGGUGAUCAUCCAAACAUCCUUCCAGAUUGAGAAUCAUGCUGUGCUGGCUGUCUCUUGUUGCCCAUACAUGGAUUUCUUAACUGAUGGUUCUAUAUGCACGGUGCCUGUUCUUCAGGACUACAGAGAAAUCUAAAUGUGAAACGAAAUGUGUGUGUGUAAUUUUUUUCCAAGCAAAUAUUUUCCAAUUGUACAUAUGUCUGGUGGCAACUUUGAAUUGAAAGGCGAAGUUUGUCAGCAUUUAGGCGAUGAAUCCUUAAGUUUUUGUUUUUAAGUUAAUACCAUAUUCUCAUGUUGUAUAUAGAUUGGUGGCUCUUAACCUUUGCUGUAUUAGGGAUGCUGUGUUAGUUUGCCUGUUCCUCAAGCAUCACAUUUUCUUACUGAACCCUGUAUAAGCAGUUUGAAAGGUCUGCACGCCUUGAUUCCACAGACGUGCAGAAAAAGCACCAGAUGUGGUCGCAAGUGUUAAAACAAAGGUUCCUGAGGAUUUUUGCUUUCAUUUUCUUUUUGUUAUUUAAAGUGACUUCUUUACCCUUGCAAUUGCAAAAAUAUGGUUGAAGGUCGCUGGCUACUUUGUGAAAUCUCAGAAGCCACAAAAAGUGUCUCUUGAGUUAAGAUUUUCAAAAUUAAGAUUUGCGAAAUCUUCAGAAAAGUUACGAUUUUUCAGGGCUUUCAUCCCCUGCAUAGGUUAUCAUCUUCUCUUCAUGACUAAUAUGAGCAGAGAAAAUUAUUCAGAACUGUGACACAUUUUAUAUCGUGUGCUAACUUCAACCAACUUGUUUUGAUGCAAACCCCUCCGAAUACCUCUGGUGCACCUGUCUAAACUUCCCCUCCGCUCGAGAUCCGUUUCCACGAAAUCCUCUCCAGUUAUAUCAAUGCCCUUUCCACCACCUCUGAUCAUUCCUAGAAAAAGCCAUGUUAAAGUUCAUCUCUAGUACAAGAUGGCAUGGAAGAUGAGCCCAUAUUUGACCUGGCUGUCUGCUCUUCCGGAAAGCUCCGUAGGGGUGGUGGGGACUCAACAAGUACUCAGUUAAGCAGUGCAACUUGUACAUUUGAAGCCUCCGCAUUGUUUACAUGUUUCUGAAUUCAUCGUCUUUUAAAUGGUUGUAUUUUUAAAUGAUGGGAGGUUUUUUUCUUUCUCUCCAAUUAAAAAGGAGCCAUACUAGGCUUUCAGUG